GGAAAGUUAGUUUCUUGAAUAGAACGGUGAUAUCCUGUGAGUAUCUUGAUCUUCCGUGUGUAUUGAAGCAACCAGCAAGCAAUCAUGUCGUCGCCGCAACUGCAGAUCCCCGCCGUCCGCCUUCCCCACCCCUACCUGACCGCCUACACUCUCCACCCCGCCGCCGCUCCGCUCUCCUACCGCCUUGUUCUCAGCACAUCACAGCCCGCCGACGCGACCCUCCCUCCUCAGCUCCUCCACAAUGAGUCUCUCUCCUUCACCUUGCCCGCUACCACGCAAGGCGCCCCCUCCGCCGACAGUGACAACACCCCAUACGCGCGCGCCCGCCGCUCCCUCCACUCCAUAAUUUUCUGGACCGCCGAAACCACACCCACCGUCGGCCAGCUAUGGCUCCUGACAUAUGUGCUCUUCACCUCCUACCACGCACAAGAAACCAUCCGCAUCACGCUCUCGGGGCCCAACUCCGCGUCACUGCGGAAGGCCGCCCUGGCCGCCUUUCUGGCCCUACCCCACCCCUUCCCCACCACACCCGUAAUCCCAUACCCGGAUACGAGCUGGAGCACCGACGAGUUGCUCCUCUCGCGCUCAACCUUCUGGCAAGGCGCGGGCUCACCGUUCGGCCCGCGCGCCGCCUGGGUCACCGACCCAUCCACCCUGCUCCCCACCGCGCCGCAAGUCGUCGAGUACACCUUCACGACGAAGUUCCCUAGCACGCGGGUGUACGUGCGGCACCCGAUGCGGCCGUGCAAGCCCGCGCCGGGCAGCACCGUGUACUCGCGGUGGAUCCCGCACCUGAACGAGGUGUUUACCAUGGUCGCGGUGGACUGGCGCGACGCGGCGCAUCUGGAUGCGUUCCACACGUGGCAGAACGACCCGCACGUGUCCGCCGGGUGGAAUCAGAGCGGGCCGGUCGAGGAGCAUAGGAAGUACCUCCAGGAUAACGAGGAGGACCCGCAUAUCCUCUCCGUCCUUGGAUCGUUCGACGGCGAGCUCUUUGGGUACUUUGAGGUGUAUUGGGGCGCCGAGGACCAUCUCGGUGCGUACUAUAGGUUUGAGGAUUGGGAUCGAGGCAGGCACUCGCUCGUUGGAAAUCGACGGCUGAGAGGCGCACACAGGGUUCGCGCCUGGUGGAGUGGGCUCAUGCAUUAUUGCUUCUUGGAUGACUCACGGACGCAGAGACUCGUCGGUGAGCCCAGAGAGAGCAAUAGUGUCGUCGCACAGUAUGAUCGUGACCACGGCUUCUGGCAUGAGGGUACUGUGGACUUACCGCAUAAGAGGGCGCAUCUGGCGAUAGUCACUAGGGAGAGAUUUUUCAAGCUGGCGGCACUACAUUGGGGUGACGAGAGUGGGAUUGAGGGUGAGAGGGUUAAGAAGGUGGAGGCGAAGCUUUAGGUAGUUGGAAUGCAUGUACAUAACCUAAUUCACGGGCGAUCACGAAAACGCACGGUAUGUGUGGCGUAACGUCCAUCACCAU